AUGGGGGUGAAAGGCCUGUGGGACUGGCUGGGCGAGGGCGUGAAGAAGCGGACGCACCUGCGCGUAUUCGCUGGAAAGACCUUCGCCGUCGACGCGUCGUCGUGGCUGCACAGGGCUGCGUACGGGUGUGCGUUGCCUCUUCUUCUCUUUGAAGAGGGACGCGGCGUGCGAGUCGGCGAGGAGGCCGCCGAAGAGGAGCUCAGUUUGCAGGAGCCGGCUUGGGCCAAAAAGCGAAACGAGGAAGAAGAAGCGUGUGAAGCCUACCAGCAAAUCCUGCGAUUCUGCCUCGGGAAAAUCCGCCUGUUAACCUCCUUCGGCAUCCGACCGUUCCUCGUCUUCGAUGGAGGCCAGCUGGGCGCGAAGGCGCUGGUCAACGAACGCCGCAGUUCAAGUCGCCGUGAGCACGCGGUUCAGGCACUCGCCGCACACAGGGCGGGCGACGCGCGGGACGCGUGGAGGCACGCCGUUGGGGCGAUCUCCGUCUCAGUGUCGUUGCGGAAUUUCAUUUUUCGCAAGCUGCGCGCUCCACCUCACGAGAUCUUCUGUCUGGCUGCGGCUUACGAGGCAGACGCGCAGAUGGCGCGCCUAGUCGCCGACGGGCUGGCAGACGCAGUUCUCACGGAAGACGGCGACCUCCUCGCCUACCAGGCAAGACAGGUUCUGUCCCGUCUGGCUGACGACGGCAGCGUUCAGUGUGUGGACUGCGCGCGGUGCUUCCGCGUGCUUGAGGACCCGCGCGCGUCGCCCUCGCGAGCGCCUUCUCUCUCCUCGCUCUCCUCUCCUCAAGCGGAGUCCGCUCCUCAAGCAGAGUCCGCUCCGCCGCGCUCGCCUUGUCAGACUGCGCUCUCGCCUGCCGGCUCGACGCUUGCCUCAGGGUCGCAGACGCCUCAGCCGGCCUCGAGCCUGUCUCCGCCGUCGCCCGCCUCCGCGUCCUUCGCCCCUGCGCGCGCGCCGCCGGCGUCGCUCUCGCUCGCGCGUUUUCAGCUGAUCUGCGUCCUCGCCGGCUGCGACUACGCACCCAACGUGCCUGGCGUCGGCGUGCGGACUGCCGCACGCCUCGUGCUGAAGUACGGCGCAGACGUUCGCGCGAUUCUCGAGGCGCUUCGUGCCUCGGGGAAGUCCAUCCCAGCCGACUACGCGCAUCAGGUGCGCCUCGCACUGCUGACGUAUCGGCACCAAACGGUCUUUGUCAUCUCUCCCACGUGGGAGAUUCGCAUGGCGCCGCUCACAGAGCUUCCCUCCAGAUCUCUCUCGCCGGAUAUUCUGCGCUGUCUGGGCGAAAUCUACGACGACGAGGUCGCCUGCAGCUUGUGCCUCGGCAGGCUUCACCCAGCGACGCUCAAGCCGCUGCCGCGGGCGCUGCAGCCAGGGCCUCCGCGCCCGCUGUUUUGGCUCACGGGCGAAGCGGAGACGACCACGCGGCUCGUCUCUUCUUCGCCACUCUCCGCGGGCGCCGAGAGACCCGCACAGCCGUUCCUUGGGGCGCGAACGCCGCCGUGCACGGGUUUUGUCGACCUUUCGCGCAGCGGCGCAGGAAAUGGCUCGGAUCCCACAGAGGACGCGAGUGGUCUGUGGGGCGGGGCGAGGGUCUCGGAAGUCGCGGCGCUGGCGGACGCCGGUAGUGAGCCGCAUGCGACUCGGACCAAAAACACCGACACGCGAGAGAAGGAAAAUCUGCAGGGGAGUCAGCCCCUCGGCGGCGGCAGCUCAGGCUCAACGGGCGGCGAGUCGGAGGUCUCCUCUUGCCCCCGCGCCCGCGAUGCGGAUGGGCUCGCGCGCCCCAACGGCGGCGAGCCUGCGCCGCCGCUGGCGCUUGAGGCGGAUGCGUGCGUCGUCUCGACCACGCAGUCGACGUGUGCAGACGCGAAUUCGGCAUUUGUUUUCGAGCCUUCUCAGCCCGACAGCGAUACAGGCGUGUGGCAGACGUCUGUGGACGCAGCAGGGAAAAGGGAGGCCGCGAGUUCCCGUGAAAAAGCGCCAUGCACGCCUCCUGCGCGAUCGCUGAGGGCAGAGGCCCCGGGCUCCAGGGGGGGUUCGGUGGGGACAGCGGAGGACGGGACGCCGCGCAAGACGCCGCUUCCCUCGCCCUUUGACAAGCCCAGCAGAGAAACCGCGAGCCUAUCGCUUCGCAGCAAGCGCGCGUUUUUCGGUCUCGUGGGUCUCCGUCGAGGCCUGCCGCUGGUCGACUGCUCCAAGAAGCGCAAGCAGGACGCCGCGGACGCGCGGGCGCCCUAG